AUGUCAAGGCUCCUAGGUUUCGUACAAGUGGUACUCCAUCUGCUACCGAAGCAAAGGUUGAGUGUGAGGGGGAGAAUCAGGACGCGAGAGUUACGGAGAUUACUUGGGAAACUGCGCCAGACAUAUGCCGACCGUACACGGAAGAUGGGGCGAAGAAGCAGGCCUUUGAUUUUUGCAAAUAUUGGCUGGGCUGUGAGUUGA